AUGCACGUUAUCUCACGGCUGAUCAUCCCGUUGCUUUCUGUCUUCGCACCUCUCUCUUGUGCCACCUCUUCAUCCUCUGCUCACCCGGGAGCGGCCGACAUCCUAUACUGGCCAGUGACCUCAUCUCAACCCGAGAUCCUCGCUCGCAUUUCGUACGAUCCGGCCUCCCUGAAGUCGGACGUUGUAUCCUACUCUCCUCCUACCGCGGUUGAUACGGAGGCUCGUCAUGCUUCAGAAGCAGAUCCUCGCGACCUUGCUCGUGUAGGUCUCUUCACCUCGACGCCCACAAAUCCCAAACAGUGGGUAGGAUCUCUUACGUCAGUUUCAUCGCUCGCCGCCAGCCAACAUCAUAAGCCCACGCUACGAAUUCAUAUCGGGCCCUCGAACGAGAUUUACCAUGUUUCGUGGGAGGUGUCUUCCUCGUCGGGAGCCACCUCCUCGAGCGCAGCGGGUCUGAACGUCGAAGUUGUCUCUACUGAGGCUGGUCCGCGCCCGCAUCUCAAUCGGCCUGUUGUGGUUGGCCCAGACGGGAAGAAUCUCGAGGAGGUUGUCGAAAAGACCUUCUUCCAAAAAUACUGGUGGGUCUUCCUCGUCAUCACAUUCUUGGCUAUGUCAGGUAGCGGGGAAGGGCAGUGA